AGUGAAUACACCACUUGAACAGAAUUAGAGCCAUUUUCAGCUCUAGAACAGAAGUGUUCGAAAUUAAAACUAAUUUUAAAUUUGUUAAAGAAUUGAGUUCUGCAUGGAAACUAUGAAGAAUGAAGUUCUGGAGGGUAGUCCCUCAAACGUUAUUUAUAUAACAGAGGAGCAGCGAAUAGAGUGGAAUCAUGAUGCUACACGAGAAUUAUUGAAAGUAUAUGAUGAAAAAUGUGAUAUGUUAGAUUCUGGUAUAAUUACUACACAGAAAAAAUUAUGGGAGCUAGUUUCGAAAGAUAUGAACAGAAAGGGUUACUAUUAUACAGGAGCCCAGUGUGAAAACAAGUGGAAGACCUUAAAAAGGAACUACAGAAAUAAGAUGGAAAAGCUUGACAAGUAUGGAAGUAAAAGAAACUGUCCUUUUGAAAACGAAAUAACUGAAAUCUUAAGCAAAAGACCACAAGAAAAUAUGUUUAACAAGGCAUUUAACAAUUCCCAAAAAUUCUCAAGGAUUAAGAAAAAUUCUGAUCAAUAUUUUGAAAUCAACUUAAAUGAACCUCCAGGUUUUAGCGGAACGGAGACUAGCGUAGGCGACAAAUCUCAUAUUAAAAUCAUCCAAAAUGUAGACGAAGAACUUCUUCAGAACGCGGAUUAUAUUAUGCAAGAUUCUAGUGCCCCGCAAAUAGUAGAAGAACUAGUGGAACUUAGAAAAGUAAUAACAAAACAAAAUAGGACUAACACGGAAAUGUUGAGGCAGUCUAACGAAUUACAUUCGAAAAUAGUGCAGUAUCUGGAUGGGGCCGCGCAAAGGGAAACCCAAAAUCUCGAGUUGGAGGAAACGCGGAUGGAACAACAGAACGAGGUUAUUAAACAGAUGAAAAUACAGAAUGCUUUGUUACAGAAGUUGUUGGAGAAGAUUUAAUUAUUAGAAUAAAAAUAUUUAUAAAUU